AUGAAUUCCUCCAAAAGACAGCCCCUUGACCUCAUUUCCUCGAACCCAUCUCAAAAGAAGGCACGUACCAGAGAGUCCCUCCAAGAAGACCUUCCAUUCGGCCGACCCUCUGCGAGCGCCAAUACAUUCGCCCUUUCCCAAGAAGAGAGCGCCACCACUCGGGCGAAAGACAUUCCUGCCGCACACGUGAACUAUCUUGAAUCCCAAUCCUCUGAAAUCCAUGACUCGGCGAAAGGUAUCGCUGCAGAAUUUGGGGGGGAUGACUUCCUGGAGAUCUCUAUCGAAGAUUUGAUUGCAGCCGAUAUCCCAGGCAUCUCAGAUCAGCUUCGGAACACCAAUGACAACAUCAGCACCGAGGUUGAGGUAGUGGUGAAUGAUACAGUUCUGGACGUCUCUAAUAAAGACCUCUCGGUGAAGAACUCCUACUAUGAGACUCUGGGAGUCCCGCAUACUGCCGAGAACACUCCUGGAGAAUGCCUCCUCAAUCUCCUGCAAGGAGAGCAUAAUAUCAAGAAGCAAGUGGACUCGGUCUCAGAUGUGCUUUGGGACACCUGGCUGUCCGAGUGCCGAGAACUCGGUGUUCCUGAUGAUACCCUCAACAAUGCUUCCAAGAUCUCUGGUCCUGCGAGGGGGAAUCUUCACAUUAUUUGGCACUACCCAACAUAUAACGUCAGCAGAUCUAUGUUCGGAUUUACCGCGGAUCCUAAAAACCCCUGUAUCAACUUCCAGAAUCGGAAAAUUGGCCCAAAUCCCCGUGUCUGCACGAACGACAUCAUCCCAAUCCGCGCGAACUACCCGAGAUCUCAGUCCAAUGGAGUACAAUGGACAAGUAUCAUCCCGAACUCAGCCCAGGUUCUCAGCAGGUCGGCGGACUUGACGAUAGGAUUGCUUAAUAUGGCCCGUGUUGCUAUUCUUGUGGGUCAAGAGACUUACGAGAUCGUCAAGACGAGACUAGAGAGUGACCCUUCCAAGGAAAUCCACCAGUUGUACCUGCCUAUCAACGUCUUCAACGUCUUUGGGGAAAAGCCGCAUGUCUUGGCUAUACUAUGCAAGGCUACCCAACAGAUCGAGAAUCUGUUUUUUAUCUCAUUUCAUACCCAGGCUUUCUUCUACAUCCACAAUCCCCUGAUCGGUGUGUACUUCGAUUUCAUCUGGAAUGCUGCCUGCGCAAUCGCCAACAUCCCUGUCAUCAGCCACGAUAUUUUCUACCAAACAGUGUCAUCCAGACAAGUGAGGGAUAAGGUCACCGAGAAGUACGGCCAACUCGCCCUUGCUAUAAUGUAUAGAGGCAUGGAAAAGAAUAACAGAGUAUAUCUACCGGAGGGCAUAGCUGAACAGAUCUUUCACCGAACUAUCAGCUCCAACAUCGACUGGUGGGCCGCGAAUUCCCCAAAUAAGGGUGCCUUUACAGUGGUCCAGCUCAUCCUCAAGCUAUUCUCCGACAAAGCCAAUUCGACUUCCAGACGUUUAGGUUUCCCGAAUCUAGCCAAGGGGCGGGACACCCAACGCGCUGGGGGAUGGCAGUCCCUUAAGAAGGCCACCGAGGCCCAGAGGGAAUCUGGAUUUAACAACCAAAAGAAGGCCCAGGCAGUAGGCCAUGUUUCCCAGAGCGCCCAGAAGGUUGCAAGGCUCCAGGCAUUUCUCGAUACAUAUCAAGUCCGACAGCUCCUUUCCAAGCCGAAAUCGACACUAACAUCCAAGGAGUUGAGCACCGUGGAAUCUUUACAAGACAUUAGCGAUUGUGUCCAAACACGGGAGACAACACCAAAGUGCAGGAAGUUCAUCAACACCCAUGUCAUUUUCUGGUUAAAGAAGAACCCUUUUGGGCUUCGUUUCAAAGGUGAUAAUGCACCAGCAAAUGCGCUAUCCUUUACUGCUUACUAG